ACAGCCGGAAGUUUCGCCUCCGGGAGGGGCAGGGGCGGUCCGGGGGCGCGGGAGCUGGGGAGCGGCUUUCCGGAGAGCGCGCUGAGGGAGGAGCGGCUCCGUCGCCGCUGUAGGGGAGCCGCGGAGGUGGGAGAGCGGCGUGGGGCGUACGGUGGGCGGCCGGUGGGCCGAGGCGACGGCCUGGCUGCGGGUGGAGGAGCCGGUGGGCCGGCUCCCUGAGGAGAGGGAGCCCGGCGGUUUUCCGCUCUGCGCCAACUUUGGGGUGUGGCAGGGUUAGUGAGAGGCCUGUACCCCCGGCCUGGGCUGGAGCGAGAACGGCGGCCGCCGGAGUACUAAAUCACAAGUCUGUAGCCCCGAUUAUCCGCGAGGAGGUGAGGCCUCCUCGUCAAGCCUCCCUUCUGUUAAAGGCCUGCCCCGAGAAUUUCCUGUCACCUUCUGCCUCGCCCUGGCUUGCCCACUGUCAGGGCUGCAGAGGCUGAAACAGGUCGAGUGACUGUUAAGUCUCUGUAAGGAUUCUUAAGGCUCGCCCAGUGUGAGUUCCCGACUCUCACCAUGUCAGGGAAGCGGAAGCGCGUAGUAUUGACUAUUAAAGAUAAACUUGAUAUAAUAAAGAAACUCGAAGAUGGAGGCUCUUCCAAGCAGUUGGCGGUGAUUUACGGAAUUGGUGAAACAACAGUUAGGGAUAUACGAAAGAACAAGGAAAAGAUUAUAACUUACGCGAGCAGCUCUGAUUCCACAAGUCUCCUGGCCAAGAGAAAAUCUAUGAAGCCAUCCAUGUAUGAGGAACUAGACAGAGCAAUGUUAGAAUGGUUUAAUCAGCAGCGAGCUAAAGGGAAUCCGGUAUCUGGACCAAUUUGUGCCAAACGGGCAGAGUUCUUUUUCUACGCGUUGGGAAUGGAUGGUGAUUUUAACCCUUCUGCUGGUUGGUUAACCCGAUUUAAGCAGCGGCACAGCAUUAGAGAGAUUAACAUUAGAAAUGAAAGAUUAAGUGGAGAAGAGACUGCUGUGGAAGAUUUUUGUAACAACUUUAGAGAUUUUAUCGAGCAGGAGAAUUUGCAGCCAGAACAAAUCUACAAUGCUGAUGAGACUGGACUUUUUUGGAAGUGCUUACCUUCCAGGACUGCAGUAAUUAAAGGUAAAUGUACUGUCCCUGGGCAGAACUCAGUUGAAGAAAGAAUCACUGUUAUGUGUUGCACCAAUGCAACAGGCUUACACAAGCUAAAACUUUGUGUUGUGGGCAAAGCAAGAAAACCUCGCUCCUUCAAGUCGACUGACACCUUAAACCUGCCUGUCUCUUAUUUCAGCCAGAAAGGUGCAUGGAUGGAUCUCUCCAUUUUCAGACAAUGGUUCGAUAAAAUUUUUGUGCCUCAGGUUCGAGAGUACUUAAGAUCUAAAGGCUUGCCGGAGAAAGCUGUGCUCUUGCUGGGUAAUUCACCAACACAUCCAAAUGAAAAUGUCCUGAGGUCAGAUGAUGGCCAAAUAUUUGCUAAAUAUUUACCACCUAAUGUAGCUUCAUCUAUUCAGCCCUUGGGUCAGGGAGUCAUAGCAUCCAUGAAAAGAAACUAUCGUGCAGGUCUUCUCCAGAGCAAUUUGGAAGAAGGUAAUGACCUGAAAUCAUUCUGGAAGAAGCUGACUCUGUUGGAUGCACUUUAUGAAAUAGCAAUGGCAUGGAACUUAGUAAAGCCAGCCACCAUUAUCGGAGCUUGGAAACAGAUUCUUCCUGCCAUAGAGGAAAAAGAAGGAUUGGACUUUGAUGAAGAAGAUAUUUCUGGUGCUACUGUGGCCACCAUUUUACAGCAUACCAAAGGACUGGAAAAUGUAACUCCUGAAAAUAUGGAAAAGUGGCUUGAGAUUGACAGUACUGAACCAGGUUAUGAAGUGUUAACUGACAGUGAAAUCAUCAGAAGAGCCCAAGGCCAGACAGAUGAAUCCAGUGAAAAUGAUGAGGAAGGAAUUGAACUGAUUCCAGAAAAACACAUAAAUCAUAAAACUGCUCUCCAAUGGACUGAGAAUUUAUUAGAUUAUCUAGAACAGCAAGGUGAUAUGAUUCUACCCGACAGACUGGUAAUACGUAAACUUAGAGCCACCAUCAGAAAUAAACAGAAGAUGACAAACUCAAGUCAAUAACAGCAUUUGAGUUUUAUCAUUGUUAAGACUGUAUUUGUGACACUGCAAUGUGGCAUAAUUUUCAUCCUUUUAUACAUUGUCAAACAGUCCUAUGAAAUACAAAUGCAAAAUGUAUCUGCAACAGUUUAGGUAUUACGUGUUUUCAUUAUGUGUCUUAUUCCCUUACUUGUGAAAACAGAACUACUUCUGUGUAGAUAUAAAUGACACAUAUGCAGAUAUUUGCUUCUAUAAAUUAAAGAUCUCUUCUAUAAGAGUGCCACUCUCUACCUGUUCUAGCUUUAAAAGUUAGAUGUAGAGAACAGCACUUUCCUAAAUUCUUUCGCUUAAAUUGCUAUUGACUACAAUAGCAGUCUUUUCUUACGCUAACCAUAUUAAGUGGUUGGUUAGUUUUUAUAUUUGUAUAGGCUGAGAAUUAAAUGAUUAGAUUUUAGGAUGCUAUAUAAUAAUUUAAAAAUUAAGUUCAGUAACAAUGGUGGAAAUCUAUGAAUUAUAAAAAAUAGAAUUAUGUCUGUUUCUUACAUAUUUGUGGGUAGAAAAGAUAAUUUGGAAAUGAAAUAUAUGUAGGAAGUAAUUAUUAAAUGAGAGAAACUGGAAAGCUGAUUUUUGGGAAAAUGGCUAUUAAAAAUUUGGGAAACAUUAGGUUUAUUUAUACAAAGAGAAAAAUAUGACCUUAUUUUGAGUCGAAUAACAGUAUAAAGUUAUUUACCUAAUUUUCAUAAAUGUUUUAAAUUAUUACAUGUAAUAAUAUGAACUCCCACUAAUAUUUGGGAAACAUCUGAAAUUUGAAAGUUAAUUUUUUUUACCAGUAUUUAGAAAUAUCUAUAACUUGAAAAAUUUUGUCAUACUUCGCUGAUUUUAUUUGAUAUGAAGAAAUAAAAGUUUUUAUUUUGGAUAAUUCAUCUGUUUUUAUUCUGUUUUUUUUUUUGAAGAAAGCACAAAUAACUGGGAAGUGCUAGAGAUAAUAAUUGUUGAUUAUUUUGACAAAAGGAAAUUCUGUCAUUUGUUCUAAGAAUUUUGACAGAUUUUCUUAAUUCUGCUUAUCUAAGAUAUUGAAAAUCAUUUGCAUAUAUUGAGAUUACUGUAGUUUAAAAGUAUUUUUAUUAUAGCAUGUCAAGGCUCAAAACAUUAAAAGACAGAGAAUUGGUCACAGUUUUUGAAUGUUUUGAUUUUUUUCCAUUGGUUGUCUUAGGAUCCUAAAGCUUUAUAAAAGAUUUUUGUCCUUCCAUUAUUUGUAUUAUCUUUAUGUUCUAUAUAUGUAUAUGUCUGUAUGUAUGUGUACUACUUUAUGAUAAAAAGUGUAAAAUUGUGUUUUUUGAAUUAAUUCAGUGCCUAAGAGAAGAAAAACAAGUUACAUGACUAUUGAAUUAGAUAACAAUUAUUAAUAUGCAUAUAAAAUACUUUUUUAUAAAAUCAAAGUGUACACUAAAAAGCCUCUUUGUUCUUUUUCUGGAUUUACUUAGGUCUUUGUUGUUUGUUUGUUUUGUUUUUAUGUAAAAUGCAGCGAUAUCCUUUGCCAUCUAGUGGUCAAAUCACCUUUGCUGUUAAACACAUUUUAAACAACAUCUAGUGAAAGGUUCACUGUGCCUAUGGGGGUCAAUCUUGUAUGUCUAGACUGGGAAACUGCUUUUCUU